AAAUAUUUUGCCAAUUAUGCUGCAGAGAUGGGUUGUCAAGCACAUGUUAAACUUUCCAUGUAAAUAAUGUGUAUGAGAAUCUAGGGUGCGUGAGCCAGUCCUUUUUUUCUCUGCAAAAAACAACACAGAUUUGAAUGUGAAGAGUAGCUUUUACCCAGCUUGUUGUGUUGUUGGUAUGCAUAUUUCAAUAUAGAUUUGGGUCCCCCACACACUCCAUUGCAGAGGCUGUGCCAGUAUUGACAGAAUCUAUGAAAUCGGGAAGACAAAACCCAAAACAAGGAUGAGUGAAGAGCUUCUUUCUUUUUCCCUCACUUUUUGUUUGCAGAAAAGAACUUCUCCUUUUCCCUGCCCCUCUCACGUGCACCAUAUAUAUCUUUCUCUCUCUAUACAUUACCCUACCGAAACCCCAAAGCCAAAGCCCCUCCUAGCCUCAUUUUAACCUCUCUUUCGUCUCUCCAUCUCUCUCUCAAAAUUUCAAGCGCUGCUGGUUUUGUGCUAGCAAGUGACUUUUGUCUUUAGAAUGAAACUAGGAGCAAGUUUCCAGUAUUUCAAGUCAUAUUAUUCGGAGGUGUAGAUUGCGGAGAAAAUGGCACUUGAAACUCUUUCUUCCAACGAGCUGUUAAACUUCAUUAUCUAUGACACUAUAUCUGCAACCCCAUAUAGCAGCCAUGACUCUUUAGUCACUGAUUUCUCAUUGGAAAAUGGCUUCAGUACUUCCCAAGAACAAGCUAGUUCUUUGAAUUGCUUUCCCCUGGUGACUCCGCAAUGCCGCUCAACAGGAGUGGAAGCUACUGACCGGAGGCCGAACUUGGCUGUUCAAGGUAGGAAAAAGAGAAGGAGAAAGCCGCGGGUUUGCAAGAACAAGGAAGAGGCUGAAACACAAAGAAUGACUCACAUUGCUGUUGAGAGAAACAGGCGAAAGCAGAUGAAUGAGCAUCUGGCUGUUUUACGCUCCCUCAUGCCUGAAUCUUAUGUCCAAAGGGGUGAUCAAGCGUCCAUAGUUGGUGGUGCCAUAGAGUUUGUCAAGGAACUUGAGCAUCUUCUGCAAACCCUGGAAGCUCAAAAGCUUCAGGUACUGCAACAAGUACGACCAGCCAGCGAAGGAACCACCAACUCCAAACUGCUACCACCACCACCGCCACCAUUUGCACAAUUUUUCAUGUUCCCUCAGUACACCUGGUCUCAGAUCCCUAGCAAAUUUACAUCAAAGACCAAGGCAUCAAUAGCGGAUAUUGAGGUGACUCUGAUUGAAACUCAUGCUAAUCUUCGAAUCCUGUCAAGAAAAGGUCCCAGGCAUCUUUCCAAGCUUGUUGCUGGUUUUCAGUCACUUUGCCUUUCCAUCCUCCACCUUAGCGUCACAACCAUGUAUCCAUUAGUUCUCUACUCUAUCAGUGCGAAGGUUGAAGAAGGAUGCCAACUCAGUUCAGUAGAUGACAUAGCAGGGGCAGUUCACCACAUGCUCAGAAUUAUUGAGGAAGACGAAACUGCCUUAUGUUGAUCAACUUGUGCUAGCUUACCCAAAUUAUCCCUUAGGUUUAUGGUGAAAUCCCAUAAUGCCAUCAAUUUUUUUUCUUCACUUUUUUUUUUUAUUUGAGAGAGAGAGUGGGUGGAUUCUGGCCUUCUGGGUUGGGUUGGGUUGGGUUGUCAAGAGUUUCUGCAAUUUUCUUUUUUUUUUUUUUUGGUUUAGUUUUUAUUGUUCCUGUAUGUAGUUUGAGUCAAAUGAAAAGUGUGUUUUGAGUUUUUUUCUUAGUCUUGAAUUGCCAGGAUGUUCAUCUGGUAAAGUAGGAUGUUUUAUUAAGAGUGCAUCAAAAUAGAAACUUUGUUAAUUACUACUUGUUUUUCCCUUUAAAAGCCAAUGGGGAUGGUCUCUCAGGUCC